CGAGACAAUAAGAUUGCACGAAUCGGGAGCAGGCUGGUGACUACGCACGUCACCAAUCGCCAUCUAACGACUCUGCAUAAACACUGCAGCACCCGCUUCCCAAUACAUUGCAAUUGCACCAGAGUAUCCGAUACAUACUCACCCAGAGGGGACCCGCCGGCACCGCCAACGCGCACGCCACCGCAUCCAGCAUCCUCCAUUUAUCGUCCUCAUCUCGACCCCGUAUCUCCCUCCCACGCGCAGACGCCGCCCUCGCCCCGGCACCCUUCCGAUCCCUCCCUCCGCCCCCUCCACCCCUCCACCCCCCUUCGCCUUCCAUUGAUCCUCGCGAGGCAUUAGUUCACGCCUACACGCGUCUUGCGCGAGCUCCCUUUAUGCCUCUGGCCGAGGGAGGCCCCGCAACCCGAGUCUUCUUGUAGGAGGCAGCACAGUUGACUCAACCACCGUCCAAUCCAACCCAACACCGUCAACCACCAUCAACCACAGUCAACCACCGUCAGCUACCACUAAGGUACCACACCGCAUCGCGCCUCACUUUCACCUCCACCAUCCGCAUCCCCAUCUCUCCUCUACAUCACCACCCGCUUCCGCCUAUUAUUCCCCCUUUCCGCAUUCGUCCACGACACAUUCCUCGCCAUGCCCGACUCGAACGCCCAAUCAGGGCGGGAUGGCCAUAGUCAGAGGAAGGAGCGCUUAGGAAACUACGUCGUGGGGACCGAGAUCGGCCGGGGGAGCUUUGCUACAGUGUUCAAGGGGUACCGCUCGAAGACAAAGACCCCUAUAGCCAUCAAGGCUGUCUCCCGUCAGAAGCUCAGCGGAAAGCUGCUAGACAGCCUCGAGAGCGAGAUCAAUAUUCUCAAGGUGAUACACCAUAGGAACAUUGUCGCCCUGACAGAUUGCUUUAAGAACGACACCCACAUCUACCUCGUCAUGGAGCUGUGCACCGGUUCCGAUCUCUCCUUCUACAUCAGACAUCGCGGCAAGCUUCCGACCCUCGACUUUGUGCCCAAACCCGGAUCCGGUAUGGAGCUGCUUCCCCGGAACGAGGAAGGGAAAGUGUAUUGGCCACACCCAGAGAGCGGAGGCUUGGAUGAACGGGUGACGAGGUGCUUCCUAGGACAGCUUGCGCAAGCUCUUCGUGCAUUGCGGGAUCGGGAUCUCAUCCAUCGCGAUAUCAAGCCUCAGAACCUGCUUAUGCAGCCUGCUACAGACGAGGAAGUCGCUGAAGGACAUCCGUAUGGUAUUCCGGUGCUGAAGGUGGCCGAUUUUGGGUUUGCAAGAGUACUGGCAGAGACGGCUAUGGCAGAGACGCUUUGUGGUUCACCACUAUAUAUGGCGCCUGAGAUCCUCCGCCACAAACAGUACAACCGCUCAGCCGACAUGUGGUCCGUCGGCGCCGUCCUCUACGAAAUGUCUGUUGGCAGACCGCCGUUCCGCGCACAAAGCCACGUCGAGCUGUUACAGCGGAUACAGAAAGGCCGCGACAGGAUCGUCUUUCCGGACGAAAAGCCGCCUGCUGCUGAUGGCCGGUCAACACCCACGCCUCAGCCCGUGUCGCCCGAUAUCAAAGCCCUCAUCCGUGCUCUGCUCAAAUACGAACCAAAGCAGAGGAUGGACAUUGACACUUUCUUUGAGUGCGGUGUUUGGGAUGAUCAUAUGACGGAAAGUACGGAUGAGAGCACGACUUUGGAGGCUUCUUCCGAUAGCUCGGGGCUGGACUUGAGCGAGAAGAUCAGGCAGAUGGUGGCUAGCACGAUAUCGGAAGAAAGGGCGCACCAGCCGAAAUCUGAUCCGGAUUGCAACCCGCAGCCGAUCUCAACGUCGGCCGAGGCGACUCCUUUGCCUGUGACUGCCCGUCCUGCUCCAAUACGACGCUCGACACCAAAGUACUAUGUCGGAGACUCUCCUUCCACCGAGCCUCUCGUACGACAACCUUCACCGCCUUCAUCUACUCCUCGCGCCAAUCCUCGACCUAUCAUGACGACAGCCCAGCGUCGACUAUCGGGCAGAGAACCCGCCAGCGUGGAAGAAGCUGGUCCGAUGACCCCACCGUAUACUGGCCCAUCACCUACUGUGCGCCCGUCUAGGAAUGUGGGCGAGGGAUCGCCUUUGGCAGCUGCCCCACCCAUCACCAUGAGACCCGAUGGGAAGCUCGAGAGGGCGAACCCGCUCGACGGGUCGGGUGUCGGUACCGAUUACGUGGUGGUAGAAAAGCAAACGGUAGAGAUCAAUUCUCUCGCCGAUGAGCUUGACCAAGCUUCCAAGCGCCCCAUCAUCAGGCGCAGUUCUCGCGGAAGCGUCGUCUCCCGCCCAGUCUCUUCUUUCAAACCCACCAGCCCCAUCACGGGCAGGAACGAGUCCGCUGUCGCUCCGAUAUCAUACUCGCCGCCGUACCAGAUGUCGUCCACGCCUCCUUUCGCGAUGCAGGCUCAGAGACACUCUCCGAGUAACGCUUCCUUCCCCCGGAACGCUUCCAUUUCCAAGAAUCUAAAUUACUUUCCGCCUGCCGCCUUGUCUGGUUCACCUGGCUAUGGACAAGAUGCCGUUGCUCGCUUCGGCGUCUCCCCCCAGACCGGCGCCUUGGCACGCGCCCUCACGAACACUGCCAUCCGGUUGAUCGGCACCGGCGCCAACUCUGCUGCUACCGCCAUCGCCAAAGCUACCGCCAAGCACCGCCCCACCAUCGUGCGCGUAAGCGAUAUCGACGCUGCUGAAGAGGAACUCUUGCGAGUCAUAGAGGACUUUGCGCGCAAGGCGUUUGUUCUGUUUGAACUCGCCGAUGAGCGUCUUCUUGCUCAGACGCAGCUUGCGCAAGCGGCUCGCGCGUCUACGCCGACCAAUACUGGUUUGACGGGUACGACUCCGCCUUUUAGUAUGCAAGCUGCUGCGCAGGGGCCCAACAGACGGAAGAGCAGCUCGGGCUCGUUCAGUAAUGAGGUGUGGCUCCUCAGACAGCAAGAGGCGGCGGCGAAUGAGGCGGUGGUGCUGUAUAUGAAGUCGCUGGCGUUCAUCGUCAAGGCAAUGGAGAGGGUGAAGAGAUAUUGGAAGGGGAGAACUGAAAGUUAUGAGGGGUAUGUUGCUAGCCAGGAGCUCAACGAGAUGGGUCAAUGGCUUCGCGCAAGGUUCAACGACGUCUACGAGAAUGCUGAAUGGGCCAAGCUCCAUGCAGGCGACAACCUCCUCUUCCCCGACUGGCUCAUUCACGAUAAAGCUCGCGACACUUCUCGCCAGGCUGCGGUAGCCGAGCUUCAGGGUGAGCUGGCAGUGGCCGAGCAGGGGUACGAGACGUCGCUGUGGUUGCUUCAAGUGCUUCUGGAUGAGAGUAUCUAUGAUGGCGGGGACAUUCCGGAAGAUGAUCGGAUUUUGUAUGAGAAUUUGAUGAUCCCUGUCAAGACCCGUCUGGAUGCCCUCCGGAAGAAGCUCGCAGAAUCGAGUGCGAAUGCCCGUUGAGACUCGACACUCAGCACACCGCUUCAUGUGGAUACCCCAGGCUUAGAGCCUCGUCUGGACACACGCAGCUCCGGAUUGGGGCCAGACGAGGCGCGUUUGCCGUGGCUUUCUCGAGUGAUAUGUUUAGGAUCCGGCUCUCUCGCUUUUCCUUUUGGCGCGGUCUUAUCUCUUUCCACCUACUCCACUCAGCCCCCACUGUCGUCUGCACGACUCUCCCAUGUACACACGCCACCCUCCACUUCACCCUCUUCACUAUCACCCUCUCACUAUCACACCCCUUCAAAUUCAUCCUCCUCAACUUUACCUUCAUCCUAUCGUUCCAGCAUUUUCGGCUCAAAGGUCGCUAUACAUUCCCCUAGAUGGCUCCCUGCGUGUUUUCAUCACAUCUCAUGGCAUUUCAACGAAUAAACAAAAACAUACUUACAUUCUUAUUGUACAUAACACAACUUUUUCAUCCUUGUUGUUGGUGGAUAUAGUUAUCACGUUUACUUUUCUUUUUCCCUUCUUUCUGCCUCUGUUUCUCAUACCAAAUCGAUUCGGACGAACUCGUGGAGAGCUGGAAGGGAAGGAAAGAAAGUAAAACCCUAGAAACAAAACAAAUAUCGGUGGUUCAUCCAUAUCGUUGUAUUAUUGUAGUAUUGCCUCUCCAGAAACUUUUGCUGGCUUAGAUGACUCUCGAAGAUGAAUUGAGCG